UACAGAUACUUACCCGUACUUACCCGUUUUUUUCUUAUUACAGAUACUUACCCGUAGCCACUGCGUUAUGAUAGGUACUGAAGACAUAAAAAAUUAGUUAUUUUGAUGGAAAAUGAACUUAAAUAAAGUCCUUAUAAAUAAUCAAACAUAUUUUAUUUUCUCAAGUUUUAAAAGUGGAAUAAAUUUACGUUUAACUAAUGGUUGGGAAGUAUAUAACGGAAAUGUCUCUGAACAUCAACUUUCACUUAUGGCAAAUAGAAUCGAUAUGUGUCCUCUAACUUUCUUACAGUCAAUUAAAGAUGCAUUUUGUAAUAAUAGUUUAUCUGAAUUGUUUUCAUUUGAUCUGAACAAAAUGGAAAAUUCAUGCGAGCUUGUAUGGAAAAAGAUUCUAUCAGAUGAAACAAAGUUUCAACUUGCUAGUCUAACACUCCAAAAAGAUAAUCAUUCAGCUCCCAUAUUAUCUUUGUUAGAGGGAGCUAUGGAAACUGUUCAAAUGCUGUCGAGGAGUGUAACAAAACUUGAAAAGGACAACAUGUUGUUGGAAAAAGAAACCAAUACUUUAACUAAGAGAAUGGAGAAUUAUGUUCAAACAAAAGAUGAAUUAGAACAACAACUUUUUUCAAAGUUUUGCUUGGUUUUAAAUGAAAAGAAGGCACGAAUUCGCUACCUAAAGAAUGAAUUGGAGCAAAAAACUUGGAAAUCCAAUCAAUCAAUAGAAAAUAAAGCAGCAAAAAGUGCAGAAUUAGAAAGUAUCGAUAUUUAUGAUAUCAAACGUAAAAAGAUAGAUUUAGAUGCUUCUCAUAUUGUCUCCAGAGAAAACGAUUCAAUUAAUAUAUUGAACAAGUCAAUAGAACCUGAAAGUUUUGAUGUUCCUAAAAGUAGUAGGAGAAAAAUUCGCUCUUCAAAAAUAGGGAAACCGGUGGCCAUGCAGCAAAGUUUAGCAAGUACGUCGAAAGUUUCUGAGGAAUAUAGUGCCGAUAACUUACUCAACGAUUUGUUCUAAUAACAUUUCUUUAGAUGUUGUUAAAGCUUGGCUUCCAAUAGAAAUAUUGUACAAUUGUUGUGUAAUUUUGUUAUACAAAAAUUGUUAGCGUAACUUGCACAGCUUAACAAACGUUAAGUUGCGCUAGGAAAAGUUUCUAUUAUAAAACAAAAUUGUUGCGCAACUGUUGUUCGACAUGCUACUACUAUUUGCAAUCAGGCUCAAUUCUUAAUUACAGGCUAAACUGUAACAUUCAUGUAAUACUACUUGUAAAAUUUAGUAUACAGUUUGUAAAAUGUUUAAAGGAACCAUGUAACGGUUUUUUAAAAAGUUAUAUUUCAGAA